AUGUGGGGGGAGGGGAGCGGCGACACCGCCACACCAAUCCAUCUCAUUCCUGCUUCAAGCCCGGCCCCCCACCCCACACACGGACUGGACCACCCCCAGCAAGAGCCCCCCCAGGAACCGGGGCCCACCCAUCCCGCGCAGGCCAUCCAACCAGAACCGCCCCCCCCGAAAAAAACCCAAAAAAACGCUUCAACCAGGCAUUUCAUGCCCCUCCAUCCAACCUUCUUUGGGGAGAGCAGAGGUGACAGCCCCGCCACCGGCAAGCCACCUAGGCCCCGCAGUCGGCCCCAGCCAAGACCACGGACCAGGUGGCUUGCUCUUCCUCCAGGUCCCAGACUCCGGGCGGCAGCCGAAGACCAGGGGUGUGAGAAGACCCCGAUCCUCCCUAUGCGAGAGGGGAUGGAGGAGGCCGACCGUGGUGAGGCCCAUAAAAUAAGCCCCCCCCCAGUGGUACCCCCGUUCUCCAAGAGCCCCUCCAGAGAGGGGGGCCCCACCAGUUUCACCACCAUAGCCCGGGGGCACGGGACCGGCAGCAGGACCCACCAGCCAGCCGGGCACCGAGCCGACACCGCCACCCUCCCCCCCCAACAGGGCCCGAGGCACGGCGGCACACCAGAGGCCGUGACAGCAGGGGCAGACAGCCGGGCGUACACCGGCCCAGACCCCAAGCAGCACUCCCCACAGAACCCGAACCCCCGAAACCCCACCGGGGCCCCUGCCCAAGGGCAACGUGCCCCAGGGAUCCCAAAUCCCAGGACCCACCCCAGACCCACCCCGCAGUAG